AUGGCUGCGAGGAUCUUCAACGAAUAUUACGGUCAAGUCAUAGACUUGUUACUAGCUCGAGACUGGGCGUCGAGUGAAGAGGCUGCUGAUCUACUAUCUUGUGAAGGACCUCAUGUUAACAAUGUUGCUCUUCAGGUAAGUUUCCCGAUUAGGUAUCAAAGGUGUUUAGGUGUUGAAUAUAGAUGAAGAAUUUGAUGAAAGGAGGAUAGAUGACGAAGUUUUUGACGAUUUGGUUGCUUUGCAUCUAAAAGUAUUGUAUUUUUUGGGUAGAAACGAAUAUCACGAUGCUUUUAAUGCUCAAAAAGCAGUAAGUUAAUAUUUUAUUACCUAAAUUACUAUAAGCAAAUACUUAAAGAUUUGAAAAAAAUUUUUUUACCAUUUCAUUAGCGUUUUAUGAAUUUGUUAUUUCACAUUUUGAACUAUUUUAGCUUUUACAAUACUUUCAAAAAGAAAUCUUAUCAGAGGAGAAGGAUGUCAACUGGUUUGUGCCAAUCUUAUUCGUACUAUGUAAAGACCUGAGGGUUGUGGCUUCAAUGGUAAGUAGCUUGAUGUUUUUUUUUAUUUAUUUAGGCUGACAAAGCUCGGGAAGUUAUUGAUGAAGACGAGAAGUCGUUCUACGAAGAAGCAGCUAAUCCUAUCAUGGAAUGUUAUCGUAUUUGUGUAGCUGAUGGGUACGUUUUAUGGUAUUUAAAGUAUCUUUAUAUUUAUCUUUGAUUUUUAAAUUACAUAGGUUUUUAAAAGUUUUUUUUUUAUUUUAGGCGUAAUGCCGUCGAAAUCUCAAAGAAGGUAGCGAUAUUAAACUUGACGAAUCAGUUGUUCAGAAUUUACUACAGAGUAAGUUAUUUUAUGGACGUUUAAUGUACGGUCAUACUGACUUAAGACUAGUUUCUUUUUAUUUACCAAUGGUUAUUUUUUAGAUUAAUCGGUUAUCACUGUUAAAACCUUUGAUUCGUGCCAUUGACGUAUCAAAAGAUAGUAAAUUGUAUAGUUUAUUCUCGAAACUUGACAAGGUAACUUACAAUUACUAUGUAGGACGGAAGGCUAUCUUUGACAACAACUUGGAGUUAGGUAAGUUAAAUUAUAACUUAUGUGUUUUUAACUUAAGGAAUGUUAUUCUUACACUUCAGCCGAGGAAUCAUUGUCGUAUGCCUUCGCAAACUGUCCUCAACAAUGUGCAUCGAAUAAGAAGUUGAUCUUGUUAUACCUAAUCCCAGUCAAAAUGUUUUUGGGAGUUACGCCAACACAAGAAUUAUUGGAAACUUAUGGUCUUUCGUGUUUUAGGGAUAUUGUAGUAGCUGUUCGGUACGUUAAAUAUUUAUUAACGUGAUUAAACACGUUACGUAAAUAUAACAUAAUUACAUAGAUAAUGCUUUUCGAAUUUACAGUGACGGUAAUCUGAAGUUGUUUGAAACAGCGCUCAGGUCUCAGGAGAACUUCUUCAUUGAUUCUGGAAUAUUCUUGAUGUUAGAGAAGUUGAAGCUUAUCACAUUCCUCAAUUUGGUCAGGACUAUGUAAGUUUGUUACCUAAUUUCAUAAUAUCUUUAGAUCGAUUAUCUUGGAUACUCAUCAGUUGAAGUUGGAUGCCAUUAGAUCUGUUUUGGAUGGGUUAGAAUACAAAAUGGACAACGACGAGAUAUCUUGUGUUGUGGCGAAUCUUAUCAUGCAGGUAAGCAAGUUUAAAAAAUUAGCCUUAAGAUUGGGUCGAACUACUUGAAUCAAAGAACAGAAAAUUCGCGUAGUAAAUUAUGAGUAAAGUAAUUUCAGAAAAAGAUCAAGGGUUACAUAUCGUACAAUCACCAAACUGUUGUUCUCAGCAAAAAGGACGCUUUCCCCAAUCUCAAAAAAUAA